CGCUCUGAGAGGGGGAGGAGGAGGACAGUCGGGGGAGGACAGAGGGGGAGGACAGGAGGAGAGGAGGGAGUCCGGGGACGUUCAGUCAUUGUUACGACUCGAGGAGCGGCAGAGACCCCGUCGGUACACGUGAAUUCACGGCUCCACGUCCAGACUGAGCAUCAGCGGCCGUCCCUGAUAUCCAUACAGAGCUUUGUCGAGGCAGCAGAGGAGUGGGAAGCGUUCACGGCAUCUUAAAGGACCACAGCGUCUCUGGGCUGAUGGAGGCCUCGUGGCCCACGGUGUAGACGCUGACUGGAGUCUCCACGGCGAUGGAUGCAGCCAGCUUCUACCAUGGAUUACCAUUCCAGACUGUUUCUGUGUGAUCUGACGGGGAGGAAGAGGCUCCCAGACAGUCCUUAAGCCUCCCGCUUUGCCUUCGUCUUCCUGCUGCCUCCGUCCUGCUGUCAUGGACCUCCUGUGGGUGCUCUCCGUCUCCAUGCUGACGGCGUGCGUCGCCAUCCCCAUGGACGCGGCGGCCGGCAGCCACAGCCUGUUCACCUGCGAGCCCAUCACCCUGCGCAUGUGUCAGGGGCUGCCCUACAACUCCACCUUCAUGCCCAACGUGCUCAACCACUACGACCAGCAGACCGCCGCCCUCGCCAUGGAGCCGUUCCAUCCCAUGGUGAACCUGCAGUGCUCUCCGGAGCUCAGGAUGUUCCUCUGCGCCCUUUACGCCCCGGUGUGCACUGAGUAUGGCCGCAUGACGCUGCCCUGUCGCCGCCUCUGUCUGCAGGCCAAGAGCGACUGCUACAAACUAAUGGACAUGUUCGGUGUCAGCUGGCCAGAGGAGAUGGACUGCAACAGGUUCCCGGACUGUGACGAGCCCUACCCCCGUCCUGUGGACCUCCUGUCCGGCUCGGACACCACCGACUCGCCCAUCUCCGUCCAGAGAGACUACGGCUUCUGGUGUCCCCGCGAGCUGAAGAUCGACCCUGAGCUCGGCUACUCCUUCAUGGGGGUCCGUGACUGCUCCCCCCCGUGCCCCAACAUGUACUUCACCCGAGAGGAGCUCGCAUUCGCCCGCUACUUCAUUGGGGUGGUUUCCAUCGUCUGCCUGUCCGCCACCCUCUUCACCUUCCUGACGUUCCUCAUCGACGUGUCUCGGUUCCGCUACCCGGAGCGACCGAUUAUUUUCUACGCUGUGUGCUACAUGAUGGUGUCCCUGGUGUUCUUCCUGGGAUUCCUGCUGGAGGACAGAGUUUCCUGCAACGCAUCGAGUCCCGGGAGGUUCAGGGCUUCGACGGUGACUCAAGGCUCCCAUAAUAAGGCCUGCACUCUGCUCUUCAUGGUGCUGUACUUCUUCACCAUGGCCGGCAGCGUCUGGUGGGUUAUUCUGACCAUCACCUGGUUCCUGGCUGCUGUUCCAAAGUGGGGCAGUGAAGCCAUAGAGAAGAAGGCCCUCCUCUUCCAUGCUUGUGCCUGGGGCGUUCCCGGAGUCCUCACCGUCACUCUGCUGGCCAUGAACAAGAUCGAGGGAGACAGCGUCAGCGGCGUUUGUUUCGUUGGGCUCUAUAACCUGACAGCUCUGCGCUGGUUCCUGCUGGCUCCACUGGGACUGGAUGUAGUGGUCGGUGUGGCGCUGCUGCUGGCAGGUAUUGCCGCUCUGAACCGAGUCCGCAUGGAGAUCCCGCUGGAGAAGGAGAACCAGGAGAAGCUGGUGAAGUUCAUGAUUCGUAUCGGCGUGUUCUCCGUGCUCUACCUGGUUCCUCUGCUGACCGUUCUGGCCUGUUACCUCUACGAGAACAGCUACAGAGCCGUCUGGGAGACGACGUGGGUCCAGGAGAAGUGUCGAGACUACCACAUCCCCUGUCCCUAUCAGGUGGAGCGGACCAGCCGUCCUGACCUGGCCUUGUUCCUCAUCAAGUACCUGAUGAUGCUGAUCGUUGGGAUCCCGUCGGUGUUCUGGGUGGGCAGCAAGAAGACCUGCUUCGAGUGGGCCAGCUUCUUCCACGGCAAGAGACGCAAAGAAGCAUUAACCCCCUCUCCCACCGCCUGCUCCACACACUCCUCCAUCCUCUUCUACCACUCCCCUCACCCCGCCACCUUCCCCCUCUCCCUCCCCACCCUCCUGCGCCUCUCCCUGCCGACACUCCCCUUCCCCUCCUCCUCCUCCUCCUCCUCCUCCUCACCCUCCUCCCCUCCGUCUUCCUUCCCCUGCUGCAGUGGGAUGGUCAACGAGAGCCGGCAGGUCCUCCAGGAGCCCGACUUCGCCCAGCUGCUGCUCCGGGACCCCAACACGCCCAUCGUGAGGAAGUCCAGGGGCACCUCCACCCAGGGCACCUCCACCCACGCCUCCUCCACCCACCUGGCCAUGCUGGACGAGCCUCCUAGCGGCAGCACCAGCCGGGCCGGGUCGGUCCGAAGCGCUCGCUCUAAGAUGAGCAGCUACCACGGCAGCCUGCACCGGUCCAGAGACGGCAGAUACACCGCCUCCAGUUUCCGAGCUGCAGACGAGCGGCUGCCGUACGGAAGCAUGCCGAAGCUCAGCGACCAAUCCCAGUCCAGACACUGCAGCACCAACCGGCUGGACAGUCUGUCCCGUCACGGAUCCACCCAGCGGCUGGAGAUCCAGUCCAGGAACAGCAGCUUCAGAGACCUGAGCGGAGCCACCCACCCUGGAAACGGGAUCCACAGAGUCCUGGAGGAGGACGGGGCGACGGCCUGAACCGAUUUAAGGAAGAUUCUUGUUCUAAGAAGCUCCAGAACGUGUGAGGAGCUCCACUGUUUUAUCUGAUGGAUCCUGAGGAGGAUGAACUCACUGAGGGCUGGAAAUGUUGCCUUAAAACGUCCUCUCGGAUGGAUUCUGUCCUCAUGCUGUCAUCUAAACGCCCAAACUUCACUUCCGAGCCAGAGAACUGAACGUGACGCUGACAGACGCACUGGAUGGUUUUUCUACUGGACUUUGUUUAAAGGACUGAAUAGAACUGAAUGAGGAGGGAGGAAGCAGAGUAUUCUAACUACUCCUCACCUCUGACAUCCCUGAUUCUAAACAUCUGCCCACUUAAAACCCUUUUAUUCACAAACAUUGGAACAUUUUCACACCCAGUUUGAAACUCACCGAGGCUCUGUGUGUCUCCUAAAGCUUUACAGAAAGCCUUUUUACAAACGUUUUUUAUUGUCGAGGUGCUUUAUUGCACCCGAGCAACUCUGUGUGGAUCUGUGGUUUACAGUUUUGAAUGCAAAGGGCUUAAAAUAGAGGAAAAAAAGCUGAAUCCAAACUCCUGCCUUACGACUGUGUGUUCAGACAGAACGCAAAGAGGGUUUAAGAGACGCAGAAACUAAAUGCAAACGAGACAAAAAGGGAAAAAAUCACAUGAAAACAACAAGAGUUUGUCUGUUUGUUUUCUAAGCUUGACAUGAAAGAAGUUUUUUUGUUUGUUUUGAAAAAAUAUAUUCCAAAGUUUUGUUUUUCCAAGUUCUCCCGGCUUUCCGUUUACUAGACCCGAGUAGAAAUGAUUUAGAAUUCAUCACAAAUCUGGCUUCAAAAACAGAAGCUUAACAAGCACGGAUGAACAAAAGGUGACAUUUUAUUUAAAAAGACCUUUGUUCGUGGCCAAUCAAAAACUUUGGAAUGUCAGGAUUGUUUUCCUUCCUUCAAGAACGUGAAGUUUCAUCUCCAAGUCCUUGGACGUCUGUCUGUAGGUAAAAAGGUCCGUGGUAGCUACGCUGUAAGGACUGUUUGUGUGUCGAUACGCCCUGCUGCACGUUUAUGGAAAGAGUUGUUCUAGCAAAAUAGAAAAGUUGUAUGAAGGCCAGUUCAUGUUCCACGUGUCCGUAAGGGUGGACGGAAACAAGUGAUUGUCGUAGGAGAUUCUUUCCUAAAUCAUAAUUAAAAGAAUUUUAAUUGAAGUCAGACUUUAGAUGGUUUCUGCAGAAAUCAGCCAAAUUUAAUGCUUCUUAAUGAUUAAUUGCCACCAGCAAUUAUCCCAAUGCAUGGCAUGUUUACGCAGACGCACACAUCUGACGAACUGCAGUCUAGAAUUAUAGAUCAUCAAAUAUUUUUCUUGAAAACUGCAGAAAGAAUUUUUAAGGCCACUGAGAAUCUAAUGUAAUGAUUUUAACCCCAUUUACGGCCUUACUUUUUUUGCAAAAUCGAUUUAAUUAAGAUGAAUGCUCGGCAGAAACCCUUAGAGGAGCUUUGAGAAGCUCUGAAGUCUCCAGAAGUCCCGUGUUACGUCCAAAAGCUCGAGACACCUCAAGAAAACCGCUGGAAAAACGGGAGAAGUGUAGAUUCAGAGCUUUUUAAAACAUUCCCCAGCAGUCCUCGGUGUUUUCUGGAACUGAUAAAAGAGAAAGUUUAACAUGAAGCGACCUUUACUCCAUGAAAGUCUCCAGAUCCUCCUACAUCUAGCUGGUAUUUUGGAGGCGACGUCCGACUCUGCUUUCUGUCUGAACACGUCGUCACAGUUUUCCGGAUGUUAGUCGCCCUCCAGUUAGAGUGAAAGUCGGUUAGUUUGUCCUGUUUGCAGAUUUAAUGUUAGAGCAACAUCUCCUCUAGUGGCAGAAAAAUGUGCAUAGAUGUAAAAACUGUUGUUCAUUUGUAAUAAAGCUUUUUUUUUCUAA